CUCUGGUAAAUAAUGGAGGCACUACAGGACUUUACUUUUAAAUUUAAAAAAGAGAGAGAUUUCAAAACAAUCAAAGAAGCAGACCAGUUUCUGCUAGAUAUCAUGUCUCAUCUCUCCUCGUCAUCCUGGGCUGCUACAAGUGAAGGCGACAAGUUGAUUCUCUUCAGUUGCUUGAGAUUAUUAAUGAGAGAUGGUGUACUUUUAGGAAAGUUCAUCUCCAACAGCUCUUCCCUAGUUGUAUUAUUACAGGAGCUUCAAAGUGCAACUCACAGCUAUUUGUCCAGCACUGAUAAGGAUUCUUCACUGAUCAUUGAACUAACUAAUAUUGUACAGAAGUUGAGUCAUACCCAUUCCUCCCACUCUGCCCUGAUUGACUGGGAGUCCCACAAGCAGCUCCUCUUCCUCCUUUCAGCUCACAGCACUCACUUGCUUCAGUCGUCCAUCAACAGUCUUGUUAACUUGGGAAAGAAGCAACAAGGAAGGAAGGCCAUUUUGGAUUGCUAUCCAAUAGACUCACUCCUUCACAUCUUAGACACAAAUGGCGCCAAUAAUAAAGAAAUUCAAAACCCCGUUUCUGACCUUCUCCUCCUUCUCAGUCAAGAGGGAGCCAUGAGACAGCAAGCAAAAGAGCAGGACCUCCUUUCAACAUGUCUCUCUCUACUCCAGUUCACAACACUAGGUUCUUAUGUAAAGGGCAGACUCCUGGAGAUGCUUGAUUGGGUUAUUGAUGAUGAAGAACUGACAGACGAGUUUAGAGAGCUUGGAGGCAUACCAGUUAUACUGAUACUCAUCAGUCCUCAGUCACUUUGUCUCAAGGAGAGUUUGGACGAUGCUAGGAUAUUGAAGGCAUCUCUCUCUCUCCUCACUCGUCUUUCAUUGAAUGACAUGAAUGCUAAACAGAUCAUUGAGAGCAAUGGCUUGUAUCUCAUUUCACAUUAUCUGGUGCAAAUUGAAGGAGACCAUGAGCUGAAACUGUACUGCUUAAGAGCCAUGAGAUAUCUCUUCAGUUUAGAAAGGAACAGACGAUUUUUAAAGAUAUUUUUCCCGCUACCAAUAUUUGAGAAGUUCAUCAGUAUUGGACACUAUGUUCAUAAUCUUUCUGCUUAUUCUGAUCUGGCACAGUCAUUAUCCGAACUUUCCGACGACGAGAAAUUAGCUUUAACGACCAAUCAGAAAUCAUUAAAUCACACAAACUGUCCAUUAAGAGUUAUCGGCGAGUAUGAAGUCCUUGAGUUGCUAGGUACAGGCGCUUACGGCAGUGUCUAUAAAGUACGUAAAGGACCUCCUCGUGGCAGCAACUUCUAUGCUUUAAAGGAAAUCCAAAUGACUCAUCCAUCACUGGCAGGUUGCAGCAGUUUAGAGGAAAGGAAUGGAAGCAUUGGAAAGAUAAUGAGUGAAGUGUCUAUGAUACACAAGAAACUGAGACACCCAAACAUAGUUCAAUACUUUAAGUGUUUUGAGGAGUCACACCAUUUGUAUAUUGAGAUGAGUUUGAUUGAAGGGACUCCAUUGAGUGAAUUCAUAUCAUCUAUGAAGGAAAAGAAAACGUUUUUCAGCGAAAAAAGAAUAUGGACUAUAUUCUCUCAAAUGAUCCGUGCGUUGCGCUACAUUCAUGAAGAUAAAGGUAUCACUCACAGAGACUUGAAACCAGCUAACAUGAUAUUAGGAGAACACGAUAAACUAACUAUCACUGAUUUCGGACUAGCUAAAGAUCAGAAAGACUUUAGUGUUAUGAAGUCCAUAGUGGGAACUGUGGUGUACUGGUGUCCUGAGAUAGUUGAGAGCAAGGAGUAUGAUAAAAAGGCGGACAUUUGGGCAGCUGGUUGUGUUUUGUAUGAGAUGGCUGCUCUACAACCUCCUUUCUAUGCAACCAAUCUAUUGUCACUGGCUAAGAAAAUUGCUGAAGGCAAAUUUGAGACAGCUCCGUUGGAUAAAUAUUCGGCUCAAGUCAGUGAUGUCAUCACUAAAUGUCUGACUAUUGAUCCAACUUUGAGGCCAAACAGUGUUCAGAUUGGUGGUAUGAUUGCAGAGCACCUUAUGGUCCAGCUUGACAGUGCACUAGCUCAAAUUGAAAAUAAACCAAAUAAGGAAAGUCUAUCAAGCUCAAGGAGAAGCUCUGAUGCUAUAGAGAUAAGUGAAAGGAAUGCAUUAAUGUCAAGAAGGAAGCUGUCAUUCAGCAGUACUGCCAGUGACUGUGAGCCAUUGGAUGUUACUGGAGGAUCAGUACAAGAUGUAUCUUCUUAUAAUAACAAUCCUCCUGUUAAAGGGAAUGCCUGGAAGAGGGAAACGUCACCUCUUCUGACAGCUGCAACUACUCCUAAUAAACAGGACACCUUAUCAUCUGAGCCAAUUGUAUCACGCCAGAGGUCUUUCUCCCUUUCCCCUGCUCCGACUGUCAGGAGGUCAAGGAGCACUAGAUCAGGUUCUACUGUAAUUACUGUAUCUCCACUCAGUUUGCGUGAGAUAUCAGACCCAGUCUCUGAUGUUCUCCUAAUGAUGUGUAAAGUCCUGUACAUUAAUCAACUCUCCCCUAUUGCUAAAUUUGAACACAGUUCCAGUCCACCAUACAUCAUAGUAUCAAGAUAUACCAGGGGACUCCUGAGCAGUAUCGCUAGUUUUAAUGCUAAAGAAUUAAAGAAUGAACUAUGGAGGCUAGCAACAGGUAUAAAUCAAGAGGUUUCCCUCUUGCCUUCAUUGCCACACCUUCUUGAAGCUGCUCUAGUUCAGUGUCCUAAUGCCCCUUCUCCUGCUACUAAUAAUCAUAAAACUACAUACAGCCAGUUACAGAUUUUUAUAGAAGAAGUACUCAAAAAGACAAAUUAUUAUUCAAAUUGAUGAUUUUUAAAUUGUCCCGCCAAAAAA